AUGGUCAAGGUGGAGCGGAGAUAUCGAUUUGCUGGUGAGGAGACUGUUGAGGUGAUUGAGGUUCUAGAGAAUUCGGAAGAUGCUAAGAGGUGGCCACGGUGGAUCGAUCCCGCGGCAGAAGGGUCUACAACUCCUCCUACGCUGCUCGAUGCCACGGCGGGACCGUCCACACAACCCAGCGUGACGACCAAGACUCCUGCGAAGAAACCUGGCCCACGAAAAGCAAAGACUACCCUUUCAGCGUUGCCUGCUCCUUCUAAAGCCAAGAAGAUAUCAACGCUUGGUAAAUCCGCGAUGGAUUGGCAAGCACAUGUUCAGAAUGAACAAGCUUCGGGAAUCAAGGACGAAUUGGAAGCUAACCGGCGUAGUGGCGGAUAUCUGGAAAAGGUGGAGUUCCUGCAGAGAGUGGAGGAUCGCAAAGAGGAGAACCUGGAAACUCUUCGAAGCAGGAAGCGUCGCAAAAUAUAG